UACAGCAUCUCACCUCUACAAACAUGGAACACUUACUGUUAUUUUGUUCUUCUCAGUUCUCAUAGGUGUCAGCUGUGAAGAUCUCACUCCAGUUAAGAAGAGAGCACAGUUAGAAGACAGCACCGUCACUCUGUCCUACAGUUACUCCAAACAAGCUGUUGCAGUGAUUCUUUCUUCUGGUUUCGACAAAUCCAGGAAAACCACCACAGUUUAUCAUCUCUCACUCAGGAACAGGACGACUUAUAUCAGAUCCAGUCUCUGGACUGUCUGUAACUAUGAGAGCGGAUGAAAAACAUCUGGAUCUACAGAUCUCCUCUGCUGUACUGACUGACUCUGCUGUGUACUACUGUGCUCUGAGGCC